CUUAUCAAUUCCAUUCAUCUCAAAUUAUAAUUUAAUUAAAUUACAUUAUUUAGAAUUUUAGAAUUGGAAGUUAAUCAAAGUUCAUUCUUCUUAAAUAUUUAAAUAACUGUAUUUUUUCAUAUACUAAAGCUAAUAUGACCCUUUACCACUUUGGUAAUUGUUUGGCUCUUCUCUAUGUUCCAUACUAUUUAACCUACAAUGCAGUGCUAUCAGAAUAUGGAGCCUUUUAUAAAGUAAUGCAGUCAGCUGGAAUGUACAUGUUCACCCAAUUGUGUAAAAUGUUAGUGUUAGCUACGUUCUUUCCAGACAGUUUAACUGCACAUGAUAACUUUAAUUUUAUUGCCGAGCUACUACGAGCUUCUAUUGACGUGAUUGACUUGUUGGGAAUCGCUUUAAUGUUAUCAAAAAUUCCAGGCAAAGGACAUAGCAAAUUAAUUAGUGUGGGUCUUGGAUGGAGUACAGCUGAAUUAGUAUUAUCACGAGCAUUGACGCUAUGGGUAGGGGCUCGUGGAGCAGAGUUUUCCUGGGUUUAUAUUCAACAAUGUUUAGAAUCGAAUAUUUUACUAAUACAAAAUUUGUCUACUACGACCUUGCUAUGGCUUUAUUCACGACACGAUUUACAUAAAAAAUAUGUUGUAAUACUUUUACUAGCUACAACAAUUUUUAAGCCUAUUUGGAUUGAAGUUAUUUUCCAUAAUCUUGCAAUUGGAUCAUGGACACAGUUGGCUUUUAAAGCUCUUAUCGCGUGCGUAAUUGGAGUAUCGUCAUUGAAUAUUUAUGCUGGAUUAGCGCAACUUAUUGGGAUUUAAAUUUUUCAUUAAUGUGUAAUUGAUAUAUGUAAAUACAAUAUUGUGUUUUCAAGUAAUAAAACAAAAAUGAAAAUAUU